UGGCCAACAUCCAAAGUAGAGACUGUUCAAGCUUACUUUUCGGUGUUUUCUUACUGUCAAACUAAACAAGCUUAGCUGCUCAAUGACGUUUCCUUCCCUUUCUCCCCCAUGUGGACGCCUGCCUGUCUCUCCUUUCAUCCAUGUAGAAUCACCCACCGCACUAUCACCCUUUCUUCUUUUCAUAUGAACCAAGGCACAGCCCACUACUAUCUAUCAUCGUCGUUGGAACAAUUAUCAGUGUUCCACAAAAAUGGCCUACUCUUUUACCCUUUCUCAUCCUCUACUCUCACUAAAGCCUAUAGGAAGUUGGCGUAAUGUUGUUGUUGACCAAAGAGUAUCAUCUCCUCUCAAAAGUAUCAACACACAACUUUUUGGCCAAAAAGUUGCAGGAAUUAGAACUUCUUUUCAAAGAGACUGGAGUUUUGCAAGAGGUUCAAGAGUUGUCCUAAGGCCAAAAGUAGCAACAUUCAUUCAUCAUAACAAAAUCUCUGGAAUACAUGCUAUAUGGUUGGCAAGUUCUGAAAUUGCUGGUAGUGUUUUUACUUUGGCAACAGUAGCUGUGCUGCCAUUCUACACUCUCAUGGUUUUUGCUCCUAAAGCUGAAUUGACAAAGAAGUCAAUGGAAAGUAGCAUACCUUAUGUUGUACUCGGUCUUCUGUAUGCAUAUCUGUUAUACCUCUCCUGGACACCCAAUACACUACAGCUGAUGUUCGCUAGUAAAUACUUGCUUCCUGAGUUACCUGGCAUGGUAAAGAUGUUCUCUGGUGAGAUGACUUUAGCUUCAGCAUGGAUUCACUUGUUGGCUGUGGAUCUCUUUGCUGCAAGGCAGGUUUUUCAUGAUGGGCUUGAAAAUCGAAUUGAAACUCGCCAUUCUGUUUCCCUUUGCCUCCUGUUUUGUCCCAUUGGAAUUCUUACUCAUGUCAUCACCAAAGCAAUGACAAAAAGCACUUGAAGUAUUAUUACUCAUGAGAUGCCAUAACUCAUGCAGAAACAGUAACAUUGAUGGAUUCUUAAAUUAGAGAAAUUUAAGAUCUUCUGAAUAAAAAUGAAACAUUAUGCAGUUCCUUGACCAA